AUUAAUUACAAUUAAAAUGAGAAGAGGGAGAAAUUGAAUUUCUAAUUAUUACCAAUAAACUAAUUGAGCUUAAAAAUUAUGCAAAUUGAAAGGAUUAGUUAAUUGUGAAUUUAUCCAAGGUUUUUACAUGGUAAUUGUCAAUGAAUUAAAUGAUUUUCCAUCGUUAAUUGUUGUGUCUCAUUCAAUCAGUCAGUUAAUUGAAUCUUUGAGGAUGAUGAUAAAUAUGAGGAGGAGGAGGUGAUGAAGAUUAUUGGAAAUGAUUAACUUGAUUGUUGGAAAAGUUCCCUGACCAAAUUCAUUUUUCUCGCCUAAUUGUCACUCACUUGACAAUUCACAAUAUCUUCAACUACGAUUCCAUGACAAUUAACAAAUCAUGAAGCAAAUCAUCACCUUUUACCAAAUCAAAAGUCAUUGAUCUGGGAUGUUGGUGAUUAAGAUGAUGAUUUAACUGCGAUGACCAGGGUGAUGAAAAUCAUUAUCGACUUUGAAAUUGUUCAAUCAACAACUUUGUCUGUUAAAGUGAUUGAUUUGAUUGGUUUUUUGUUACAUUAAUUGUUUUAAUAUAUUAAUAUGAACAGUUUGUUCAAUUUGAUAACAAUUUACUUGAUAAAAUUAACGUUGAUUAAUUACUGUUCUGGUCAUGGAAGGUUAAUUGAUCCACCAGGAAGGUCAACUGCUUGGCGAUUUGGUUUCAGGACACCAAUUAACUACAAUGAUAAUCAACUUUUCUGUGGUGGAUUCAUGGUUCAACAUAAAGUUAAUUCUGGUAAAUGUGGUAUUUGUGGUGAUCCAUUUAAUGGUCAACGGACAAAUGAACUGCCCGAUGGACGUUAUGCUCGACCAUUAAUGAUAACCCGAAAUUAUCGAGUUGGAUCAGUGAUUAAAACUUCAGUCCAAUUAACGGCCAAUCAUAAAGGUUAUUUCGUCUUCAAAAUAUGUCCAGCAAUUAGUUCAAUUCGUGAAGUGACACAAUCAUGUCUUGAUUCACAUCCAUUGAAAGUGAUUAACUCUCCUAAUCCAUUACGAUAUUAUGUUCCCGAUAAAUUGUCUCGAGUAUUCAAUGUGACCUUAAGGUUACCACCGACUCUAACAUGUCAACGAUGUGUAAUCCAGUGGACCUACACCACCGGUAACAAUUGGGGACGAUGUGAAGAUGGUAAAACAUCAAAGGUAGGCUGUGGUCCACAGGAAACAUUUCGAGCCUGUGCCGAUGUAACAAUUAAAGGUCAAAUUAAAAAUCGCCAACGGAAUCAAACCAAAACCACCACAAAACCAAAACUGAAAUCAAAAAUCAAACCAUACCAAUUAAACUUAAACAGCAAUUAUACCAAAACAUUGAAGUCACAAUUGAUAAAUUCCAACUCCUUCCAAUCAAAUAAUUUAUAAAUCAACAAUUAACUCCCAAUCUAUUUAUCAAGAGAAAACAAAAACAAAUCAAAAAAAAAACAUCAAAUUGUCAACAUAACAACAAAUCAAUUCCUUUUGUAUUUACACCAAUUAAACAAACGAUUUCCACCUAA